CAUCGCGAUUGUACCGAGGAGCUACUCUAGGCUAUGACAUUGAAAUGAUGACGAUUUCGGUCAAACGUUUACUGCUGUUUGUAAUCGCGGCUGGUGUAGGAGUGAUUGCGGCUGCAGAUGUGACACUGAACAGAGGAAAUGUUGCUACGGAGUUGCUCCGAGCUCGUAGAAGCCCCCAGCAGAAUGGAAUGCCAACUUUUCCGAACUUCGCACCUCCUGGAUUCGACAGUUCACAUAUAGUGUCUCAGAAUACUGAUAGCAACAAGAACGGCUUUGCACAAUCAACUAUUUACAAGUCGGAAAAUGGCUAUGGAUCCUCUUCUAUCUCAAUUGCCAAAUCGGGUGGUUCUACGAUUAAUACGUCCAUAGUAUGUUUCUUAGGACUCAGCGUUAUGACAAUCAUUAGUGCAUUCCGAGUGUAAAUCAUAUUCUUUGUUUUAAUAAUGAAAAUAAUAUUUGUGUAAAACAUUGCUAAGUGUAUGUGUAUGCACGUUUCAUGGAGGAGUUUAGGUAUUGGCAGACUGUAAAUAAAAACAAAAAUUAACGUUUGAAGGUCACUGCGAAAGAGACAUACCAUGGUGAAUUCAUUCAGCGACGUCAUAACAACAGGCGUAACAACGUUACGGUGACUAAAAAUAUAAAGAGCAGGCAUUCAUGCAUAGCACGACGCGAAGAAAAUAACCUGAACCUAAAUGACUAACAUUGGAUUUAAAAAUGUUUCCGUGAUACUAGAAUCAAGGCUGGAUUUAACUAGAGCAGAACAUAUUUACACUUGCGUUCUAUGCAUGAUACGUAGCAAUACGAUGAUCAAA